AGAUACUUACUUUCAAGCUGACGGCAGCCAUGUUGGAUUUUUUAGGGCUUCCCUAGAUUACCCAUCAUUCCAUGCGCAUAACAAAGAUGGCGGCGCCCAUCAGGGAAUUGGCGAUAUUUCUUCUCGGACUGUACAUCCAGUGUGCACUUGGUCAUGUCAUUGAGCUGAAUAAUAACUUUCUUGAAGACAGACAUAAAGGAUCCUGGCUUGUAGAAUUCUAUGCUCCGUGGUGUGGACACUGUAAGAAGUUGGAGCCAGUGUGGCACAAUGUAGGCCGGUCUCUGCAGGGGUCCCCCAUCAAGGUAGCACGGGUAGACGCUACCAGGUACACAGCUGUUGCUAAUGAGUUUACAAUCAGGGGAUACCCCACCAUUAAGUUUUUCAAAGGGGACCAGAUUUUCACCCAUAAUGGAGGAAGGUCCAUGGAGGACAUUGUCCAGUUUGCUCAGAGAGCACAAGGUCCUGCAGUAAGAGAGCUGAGAAGUGUGACCCAGCUGAAUGAUCUGCGCAUCAAACACCCUGUCUUCUUCCUGUAUGUGGGAGAUGAUAAUGAUUCUGAGCUGAAGACAGCAUACAGUGCAAUAGCAGAAGAUUAUGUGUUGAAGGGCUACUUCUACCAAGCUCCGCCCACCAUUCUACCUCAGGAUAUUAAAGUGGACACAUUGCCAACAGUUCUGGUUUUGAAAGACCGAAAAUACUUCAAAUAUGGAGGUGGUGACAAGGCCUUGCUCAAGGACUUCAUAGAGCUGGAGAGAUUCCCAGCAUUCCCUAGGAUAAGUGGUGACAACAUUAACGAACUGGCAGGUUCAGGCAGAAGGAUAGCAGUCGUAGUGAUAGAGCACAGUUCAGUCCCAACAGAUGUAGAAGAAGACACAAGAGUAAGAGAUAUGCUACAAGAACUGGCGAAGGGAAGAGACACAGAGUUUCACAGUACCUUUCUGUAUGGCUGGAUGGAUGGAACAGAACUCAUCAACCAGAUCACCAUGAGUUUUGUCAGCACCCCGGCCAUUAUUGUCUUGGAGCCCUCCACAGAGUCCUACUACCUACCUGACACCCCCACCGCAGGAAUGGCACGGCCACAACUGAAGGGGUUCCUUAGAAAAGUCAUCAGUGGUGAUGCACCUGCCUAUGGUGGGAACAGUUUCUUACAGAGAUUAAAGCGAGUCUUCUAUGACUUCUUCACAGGAGUCACGUCACUGUUCCGAGCUCAGCCUUUCAUAGCGAGCAUCCUGAUCGGCCUACCCACCUUCGUCGUGACAUUCCUGUGCUACUCCCUCUGUACCACGGAGGUUGUGGAUGACAUGGAAGAUGAAGACGACUUGUCAGAGGAUGAGAAAGAAGAUGAAGAUAGGAUUGACAGGUAUGAGGAGGUGUCAGGGCACAUGAAGAAAGAGUGACUUAAAAUGUGGACCAUUUUCAUAUCUUUUAUCUGUUGUCAUUUUUUUCCUCUUUUCAUACUGUGAAAUCUUUCUACAAGGCUAUGAGAGAAAUAGCUAGGAGAAGUCCUUUUGUGGUACAUUUUCUGUUCCUUAAUUUAAAAGCUGCUUUGUAAUGUAAAAAAUAGAUAUGGUAAGCAUAUUUGAGGUUCAAAGUCCACAUGACUGUAGUGUAGUAUUAAAUAGAACAAUAGAAGAAUUUUAGAUAGUCACAUACAUAUGUAACUACAUGUCUGUUUGUAAAAGGUUAGUGCUUGUAAUUGUUACAUUAUUCAAACCCUAGGUCAAUAUUUUGUAAUAAAGAUAGGAUGAGAGCAAUCAUGAUGAUGAAAGAAAAUUUGUACCUGCUAGUGGCCAAAACAAGAAAGGUUAGAUAGCAUUCUGUAGAUUUAGUGUUUUGCAUAUAAUUGCUCAGAUAAAAGAAAAUAAUCAGAUGUACUGUAUAACAAGUGCAACAGAUACAUUUACUGACUGGUAUGGAUGUUUGUAGUGUAAGAGGAAAUGCAGUUGACUGCGCUGAACUAGAAUGCAACCCUACACAUUUAAUCAUGUUUAAAUUUAGAAUACUGAUCAAGAUUUUAAAGGGCUCCAUCAUGUCAUAGAGAGAUGUGUUGUACUUAAUUAAUACUUUAUUGUUAGCUUCAAGAAUGUGAUAAGGACAAUACAGUAAUUGGCUGACUGAUAUUUUGUACUUUGAGACAUUGAUUGGGACUUUUUUGCCAUAUACCUUUAGGCUGCAAUAUGGGGUGCUUUAUGUUACCAAUUUUUGUGAUACUGUGUGAAAAACAAUCAACCCUGAGUCUUUCAUAGUAUCUUCAAAAUUUAAAGUAAAAAUUUUGUAUUAUGACCUAGCAGAGGCUACUGCCAGUCCGAGUUGCUUCGUGUGGCUGUCUUUAUUUCACAACAAACUUAAUUUUGCACCAAUAGCUAGUCUGUAAUGUCCACAGUAUGCAGAGGUAACAUCUUUAAUCCAGACAGUGUAAAUACAUAUCAUAAAAACCUUUUCAAGAAUGUAACAUUACAAUAACCAUGACAUACCACUUAUUAUAAGAAUAGAGGUAUGUUUUAGGUGUGAGGAAAUGAUAAAAUACAGUUGGUGCAGUCCAUGUCCAUGUCCAUUCAUGGGAGCACAGGUAGACAGAUAACCCACUCAAGGCUGUUGAUGCAUUGAUAAAGUGUGUACCUUACAAUUGUAAAUGUUGGUUUUACCUUCUUUUUGGCACAAUAGAAAGUGGAACAGUAACAGUAAUAUUUACAGAGUAGUAUCAGAAUUGUCAUACAUAUUCUACUACACAAAUUGGGCAAGUUGUGUGACUGUAUGUGCAUGUUUGUAUGUUUUUCAAGAUGUUUGUUCCAGGAAGUGCCAUCUACUAUAGAAUUCUUGUAUUAAAAAAUUGAUCCA